AUGUCUUUUGAAACACCGUUUUUCGUGCCCUUGUGGCCGCUUUUCGAUAAAGCCGUGACUGCCGUGCUGGGUGGCCGCUUUGUGCCUUCUGAGUUUGCCUUUGUCAUUGGUGAAACUCCCUUGAGUACCUUCCCUCCAGUCGCUGCUGCCAUCGCUGUUUACUAUACCGUGAUUUUCGGCGGUAACUUCCUUCUCAAGAAGUUCAACGCUAAGCCGCUUGUGUUGAACGGCUUGUUCCAGUUCCACAACUUGUUCCUCACGCUGUUGUCCUUGACUUUGUUGGUGUUGAUGGCCGAACAGCUCAUUCCUAUCAUCUACAACCACGGCUUGUUCUACGCCAUCUGCAGCCCUAACGCUUGGACUCAGGAGCUUGUUACUUUGUACUACUUGAACUACUUGACCAAGUUCACUGAGUUUAUUGAUACCGUGUUCUUGGUUGUCAAGCAGAAGAAAUUGACUUUCUUGCACACCUACCAUCAUGGUGCCACCGCCUUGUUGUGCUACACCCAGUUGAUCGGCACCACUCCUAUUUCUUGGGUCCCAAUCACCUUGAACUUGGGUGUUCACGUCGUUAUGUACUGGUACUACUUUUUGGCUGCUAGAGGCAUUCGCGUCUGGUGGAAGGAAUGGGUCACCCGUUUCCAGAUUAUCCAGUUUGUUUUGGACUUGGGCUUUGUUUACUUUGCCACUUUCCACAAGAUCAUCUACAGUUACUUCCCUGGCUUCAGAAGCAUCUUGCUCGUCUGCACUGACUGUGCUGGUUCCAUGAGCGCUGCCUACUACGGCUGUGCCAUUUUGUCCUCGUACCUCGUCUUAUUUAUUGCUUUCUACAUUGACGUGUACAAGAAGAAGGGCUCCAGAAGAUCCAAGAGAGUCAAGUCCGUCCUGGGUGGUGUUGCUGCUCAAGUUAACGAGUACGUUACCACCUCUGACAGAGACUCUCCUGCUCCAGAAACUCUCCGUAAGAGAAAAUAG